AAGGAAACCACUACUUAUACAUAUUACUAUUACAUCUAGCUAUUCCUCCCCCACUAGUUCACUCCGACCAGACUAGUCCCAUCCUCUCUCUCUCUCAUAAAUUCAGCUUUUUCUCUUCUUUUGUCUUGGUGUUCAUUUCUUUGUAUGCUUUCUUGUUUAUCAUAAUUAUUCUACUUGCUUUUAUCACCCUAAUUUCCCAAAUCUAUUCAAAAUCGAUCUACUACCCGAUCCGGCUAUAUAUAUCGUAUAUAGAUUAUCUGUCUUUCACAAAUUACACUUUGAAAUAUUAUGUCAAUGGAAUUGAUGGCAUCCUCCGAACGUGUUUGUUAUGUUCAUUGCAACCACUGCAACACCAUUUUAGCGGUGAGUGUUCCGGCAUUCAACGGCCCAUUGACGGCGGCGACGACUACAGUGGUGACGGUGAGAUGUGGUCACUGUGCAAAUCUGCUGUCUGUUAACAUCGGAGCAGCUUCGCUCCAAUAUCACUCAAUUACUCCUAGUGCUACUGCCGCUGCUGCUGCUGCUUCUCCACACCCUCAUCCUCAUACUCAGCAUUAUCACUCUCACCCAAAUAUUUUCACCCACCAGAAGCAACAUCAGGUGAGCUCUGAGGACUCCUCAUCAAAUAAGGACUACGGAUCUUCAUCAUCAUCGUCUACUUCUUCCAAAUGCAACAAGUUUGCUGCUGCUCCUGCAUUUGAUCAGUCCUCUACUACUGUGGACCAACCAAGAAUCUCUCCCAUUCGCCCACCAGAGAAGAGACAACGUGUUCCUUCAGCUUAUAAUAGGUUUAUCAAGGAGGAAAUCCAAAGGAUCAAAGCUAGUAAUCCUGACAUUAGCCAUAGGGAAGCUUUUAGCACGGCAGCCAAAAAUUGGGCACAUUUUCCUCACAUUCACUUUGGUUUAAAGCUGGAAAGCAACAAGCAAGCAAAGCUGGAUAAUCAAACUUUUGCAGGAGAGGGAACUCAAAAGUCGACUAAUGGCUUGUGCUAAAUUACAAAAUUGAGAUGAUCGAGCAGUACACUCAAAACAUCAUAUCGAAUUAUCGAUCAUCGAUGGAACCAUGCACUCAAAAGUUUAGAGGUUAAUAAUGAAGUCUCCUUGUAACAAGAAUUAGGAUACCUCGCUCCGAUCCUCCAAAUUAACCUCAGUGCAUCCCUACAUAUAAAUAUAUGUAACCUGUUUAUUUUUAUAAAUUCUAUAUA